AUGUCGAAGUUGCUUUUGGAAAUUCCUAGACUCCGUGAUCGAGCAAUCCAAGAAAUACCAAGAUUGCGGCAACAACUCAAAGAUUAUGAGGAAUUUGUCGCGAACGAAGAUCUCACAUCCGUUGAUCCCGAUUGCAAUGCAGUUGUUAGUCUGCGGAAGUUGCUGACAGCUGAAUCUAAAGGCGCAGACGAAAACAGCAUUGUCGAUUCCUCUGAUCCUGCAAAUGAUCUUUCAGCUUCGACCUCUGCGUUGAUUAACUCACUAUCACCGCCAACACUUAAUACAGUAUCAACCAGCCAGCCUGAGAGAACUGCCAGUGGAACUUUCAAUGGUUUUGAAAAUGAGGAACCCAAUGAUCCAGAAUACCCAAUGGAGAAAGUUAACCGAGUCUUCAUUUCCAGAGUUCAUGGUUUAAUCGAAAGACCAUUGAUCAUACAAGCUUUUCGAUGCACGGAAGAUAACCCUAGCGCUUAUUAUACUAUGGUUUCUGAGGAAAGAAUCUUUUCCAAAAUGCCUAUGCUACGAGUAUUAUUCGAGGGAAAGAAAGGUGGGAGCGUGAAAGAUGACGACGAUAAGAUAUAUCAUGACCCAAGAAUAUCGAGCAGUCUAAAGAUUAAAGUGCCUGGAAAAAUAGUAUUUAUGCACGAUGUCAUAAAAUCAGGAUUUCAUGAUCUUAAUAUGAACCAUGGCACUAUAGCACAAUGGCCUGUUAAGAAGCUUUGGUUAUACACUAGCUGUUUGGUGAAUUUCUGGGACACAAAGAAAUUGAGUUCUGCCAUUUCAACUGAGGCGGACUUGCAGAACAUUCAAAUUUUAGCUGAUUUCUUGUUGGUUUCCAAGCCUGAUAGGGAGCUCAUGCACAAGCAGCUAUCUUCAUACAUCAAGAAACGAAAAUAUUUACCCGCCGCUCGAUGUGGAAAAACUUCAGAUAACAAUCAGCAGACCGUUUCUGCAAAGAGGGAAUCACCAUACGAGGCAGACACAAAUAAUAAGAAGGCGAGAUACGAAAUCAUCGAUUUGACAGGGGACGACGAUCUCAGAAAGCAGAAACCGCGCGCGGGGUAUAUUUACGCACGCGAGAGAGUGUCAAGAAAGCGUGGAGAUAUCUACGUCCCUGGCGGAAAUUCCGUACUCCACGACCCAGAUCGUGAAGAGCCGAGUGAUUGGAGAGGGGAUACCGCUACUGAACCAAGACAUAGAACGGAUGAUCACAUGGAUAAGCGCAUUUUGAUUCAAAGCUUGACCGCCGGCGGAGAUUAUGAGCAUUGUCUGCAAAAAGUCAGGUGGGUAACUGAAGAAUCCAGUUUACUCUCUAGCCUGAUCAAGGGCUGUACUACCCCAUCGGAGCCUGCACUCGAGAGUAUGGUCAACCUAGAUGACUGGCAUGAAGGGGAUGUCUGUGUCAGUAUGAAUUGGGAUUCAAUAAUUAGACACUACGUGGCAAAGAACAACCAAGAAGCAGUGUUGAUCCAGGGAUGGGGUGCAGAAUUGGCAUUCAAGGCAUUGGGACCAUGGCUCGAGAGAAUUGGUAAGAGCAGUGAAGACUGGGUUGAAUGGGAACCUGAAGUACUUGAGAAGGCGUGUGUGGUUGAGAAAUUCAUUGGUGUGAGCGACCGACGCUGCGGUGCGCGAUCCUUGGUCUAA